AUGUAUCAAUGUCCGCUACUUGUGGACAACUUGUGGGAAUUACGGGGACCAAUUGGAAGUGGUAAAACAUCUUUGUUGAUGAGCAUCCUGGGAGAACUUCCGAUAUCGUCUGGCCACAUCUCUUGCACUGGAAAAAUGGCUUACGUCUCCCAGACGCCUUGGGUAUACUCUGGGACCGUACGCGAAAAUAUAGUUUUUGGAAUGCCUUUCUGUGAAGAAAAGUACAAUGCGAUUGUUGAAGUCUGCGACCUGAAAAAAGAUCUAACGAGCUUUCCAAAAAACGACCUAACUGAAAUUGGACAGCGUGGGAUAAUUCUAAGUGGCGGUCAGCGUGCACGGGUUAGUCUGGCGCGAGCAAUCUAUUCAGAUGCGGAUAUCUACUUACUGGAUGAUCCACUUAGCGCGGUGGACGCGAAAGUCGCCAAACAUUUAUUCAAUCGAUGUAUAAAAGAGUUGUUAGCUGGACGAGUGCGUAUUUUGGUCACCCAUCAUUUACAAUUUCUCCAACAGGCAGACAAAGUUCUUAUGCUUGAAAACGGCUCCGUUGUGUAUCAAGGCACAUUCAGGCAAAUGGACAAAGAUCGACAAGGAAAUUUUACAUAUUUGACUCAGGAAAGGCUUGAUACCGACGUUAGGGAUAGCAUGAAGGUCCCUCCUGGAUAUGAAACUGUCCGUGCUGUGACUGCUAUAGAUAAACGUGAAGAAAGAGUGGAUCUGAAGGAAGAGGAUGAGGACAGAAUGGUCGGUACUGUCAAGGCGCUAGUCUACUGGAAGUAUUUUCGAGCAGCGCUUCCAGCAGUUUUGAUUGUCAGCCUCGCUGCCUUCUUCGUUGUUGUCCAAGGUAUCUGUUCGGUUUAAGUUCAUGCAGUUUAGAAACUCAGUAACGAUACUCGUCACAAAUCGUUGAAACAGAAACCGUUUCUCUUGAAUUUUCUCGAAAAAGUCUACAUUCACUCUUUACACCUUUGUUCUCACUCAGAUGUGCCCCUCUCCUUUUCCACUGUUUUAGUUACUCGUAUUUUGGAGCACUGAGACGACUGUAAUACCCAAACCAACAUUGGGGGAGAGGAAACACAAGUUUUAAAAGAUUUUUGACGAGUACUGUAGCCUCCUUCCUUUAUAGAGUAAUAGUGGUUAAAAUCAUGUCAUCAAAAUCCUUACACGAUGGACAACAAUUUUUAACCGCUGAGACAUAAACAUUGCUGUGCAUUUAACUUACACCGGUGCACAAACUCACAUAGAAAAUUAAGAUAAAUUCAACAUUAACUUCAAAAAAAGCUUAAAACAAGAGGGAAACCAUGUUAGAAUCAUAUUGUUAGUCUCUAAAUGGUAGUAUUUGCUUUUGCCUUUCAAUCCAUGGAUAUGACUUCUGAGCUGAUGCCUUGAUCAGAGAUAUAACAAAUUAAAAAACAUGUUUUUUUUUCUAGUGUCUUGGGUCUUGCCCUAUUGGUGGCUUUCACGAAUGACGGAGAUGACUGAUGAAGAGCAGAAAAAAAAUGUCACGCUUCUUGUCUACGGAUCCAUUACAGCUGUCUCUCUGCUUCUUACAGUGGUCUCAUCCUACUGCUUCUAUCUGGCUGCCCUAAGGGCAUCGGAAAACCUUCACAAUGAGAUGACCAAAGCAGUACUCAAGGCGCCGGUCUUGUUUUUUGACACCAACCCCACUGGCCGCAUCUUAAAUCGUUUCUCCAAAGACAUUAGGAAUAUGGACGAUUUCCUUCCCGGACAAUUUCUCUUCGCAGUCCAGUUAUGUCAAAUUUUUUUCAGCGCCACUUGUCUCUCAGCAGCAACAAAUGUGUGGUUGUUUUUGGUUUGCACUCCUUUGAUAAUUUGCUUUGUUUACCUUACAAAAUAUUAUCUGAAGUCAUCACGAGAGAUCAGGAGGCUGGAGGCGAUUACAAACAGUCCAGUGUAUUCACUUCUUGCUGAUACUGUGGCAGGUCUGGAAGUGAUUCGCUCCUCAGAAAUGGAAGAUGACUUCCUGAAGAAGUUUUAUCGGUCAGUAAUAGCUAUAAGCAAUUCUGCGUUCUCUCCAAAAUAGACCAUGUCUUGGUUUGCAUCACAUCUUUUGGUCAAAAUUGAGCUAAAAAACUUUAAUAAUAAUAAUAAUGAUAAUGAUAAUAAAUAAAUAAUGUGUUUUAGUUAACCCUAAAGUAAGCACACCAAGCAAUGAACAGAUCGGCUGAUUUGUUUAGUGUUGAACUUUUUCCGUUCUGUUUGUAGAAGGCCAAAGAUCUGUACUACAUGAUUUAUGUGAUCUGGGCCUUUAUGUUGGUUGCAUUGUGUUUAACGGUUGACAGCAAUACCGAAACAUUGUCAGAGUUCCGGAAAACGAAACGGAAUUAAACUUAACGGAAGGGGCGAGGGCUGAACCUAGGUUUAUUACCACGGGAUUUAAAGGACGAGGAUUUUUGAGUAACAAGAUACAAUUUUGAACGCAAUUUGUUUUUAUGCCAGGCUGAAUAUGAGACUGGUAAAAAGACAGAUACUUCUUACUUAUUCUUGUUGUUGGUCCACAAAAUAAUGGCAAAAUUCUUGAGGUAUGUGUUGUCGACUUCCUCUUAACGGACACUAUGUAAGACGGAUACUUCGGUAUAACGGACACUAGCAUUGGCUUCUGUCUUUCUUCACGAUGGACAAUACUUCAUAAAGGACACUUAGUGCCGGUACCAAAAGUGUCCGUCUUAGAGAGAGUGGACUGUUAAGGUAUACAGCAGGGAAAUAAAAGUUGAGAUUCUGAAACGAUCCGAAACAUAACUCAUCCAACUCUCCCAAAGACGGAUACAUUUGUGACCCUUCUUUGGAGAGAAGGGAAGGGACCAACUCUUGUGUCCGUUUAACCGAGUUGUCGGUCUUUUAUAGAGGUAUCAGUGUCGACUGUAAAUGACCUUUGAGUCUCCAUUUAGGUACCAGGACAAGAACACAUCAGCCUUGAUAAUGCUAAUGGCCUCAAAACGCUGGCUUGCUUUUCGAGGAGAUAUGUUGACCACAUUUCUUGUUACUGCUGUAUCAGUUGGAGCUCUCCUUGCUUCGCAAAGUCCAGGUGGGUGUUGCCAUACUUAGGAUUAAGGAAGCGUGUGUGGUAAGAUCUUCGUGUACACAUUUAAAAUUGAGUCUGCAUGAUCAAUGUGAAAGACACCAAUUGGUAUCCUCUGUCCAAAAGGUAACCAAACACGGUCAUUAAAAUAAAGUAAUUGGAGUGUGUUUAAUUAAGAAAUGUUUAGUGAAAUACAAAGAACGUUAAAAGUAGCACAUGCUCGAAUUCUCAAUAACAUGGGUAUUACUAACCAAAUAAACCUGUCAUAUUGAUGGAUGUCAUAUGGAUGGAUGUUUUGCAUAACACAAGGCAUUAGGACGUUUUGGCGUUAGAGCACUAGUCUAAAUUUUAUUUAUUAUUAUUUUUGUUUAACUCAGGGAAAUGGACUUCACUUGUUAAAUUGUCGAUAUUUUCUGUUGUAGCUUUGGCAGGCCUUUCGCUGGCAUUUGCAGCCGAAACGUUGGAUAGCAUGCAGUUUGGCAUUCAAAUGGCCGCGGAAACAGAAAAUCACAUGACCUCGGUAGAAAGGGUGUUUACCUACACCCAAAUUGAUUGCGAGCCUGGGUACAACACCGACACCCAACCUCCUGAAACGUGGCCAACCGAAGGCAGUUUAAAAUUAUGUGACUUAUCAUUGGCUUAUUUAAAAGGAGCUCCUGCAACGUUGAAUAACAUAAACAUCUCUGUCGCUGCUAAAGAAAAAGUUGGUGUAGUAGGCCGCACAGGCGCUGGAAAAUCGUCUUUAGUCGCUGCUUUAUUUCGCCUGCCAGAGCCUGAAGGCAGCGUAAGAACUAUUUCUUUCUUAUGGAGUAAUUUCCCAUUCCGAUGUUUAUUUUUCCUUAGUAAAAAAAAACCCUUAGAACUGAGGACACGGCUAUUUAUGGCUCGGUGAUUGACAUCGCCCUGUGAUGGUCAAAAAGGCGUUCGUCUGCAAGGUCCCAUAAACGACAAUCCGACUGUCAUCUAAUUCGCCGGAUGAACAGCAAAUGAAAAAAUGUAGUUGGCUACUUGACUGUAAAUUAUUAAUAUUGAAGAAGCAUUUGAAAUAAGAAAUGACGAACAAAACAGAACCUCUCCACAAAGGCCAAAAAGAAAGUGGCCUUUAUAUGAAGGUUCAAACAAGAGUCAAUGUAGGGAUUGUCCGCCAAAAAAAGGGACCGUUCUAGAGAAGUGGUCGUUAUGGAAAGGUGGCCUACCAGUGGAGGCUCUACUGUACAAUUGAAUAACAUUUAUUAUACUACUACAUGAGAAAUUUCUGCAAUUUGAUUGGCUUGGAGCAGUGGUAUUUCAGCUUAAUUUGAAAUACCGACAUGCGAAAAUUACAAACCUUCCGUGGAUAGUUGUAUAAGCAAAUAAUAGCAGGAUUUGUACGUGAUAUUUGGCAUAAAUACCACUUGUGAUAUUUUACAAUUGUCUCAAAUUUCACUCGCCUAACGGCUCGUGAAAUUACGUGAAACAAUUUCGAAAUACCACUCGUGGUAUUUAUGCCAAAGAUCACUACAAAUCAUUCUAUUAUCUAUACUAAUUAUUCAACUAUAGGAAUUUCUUAUAUAUUCAAUUGCGAUAAUCUCCUUUACAUUUAUCAAUUCACAUCUGUCAAAAUCGGGCUGAAUUCUAUCUUUUCAUUGUCACAGGUGGUCAUAGAUGACGUGAACAUCCGGGAUCUCAAUCUACAGGCGGCGCGUAGAUCCAUGGCUGUUAUAACUCAGGACCCUGUUCUUUUUGGCGGUAGCCUCAGAGUGAACCUAGAUCCUUUUUCUUUGUAUGACGACCAUGAUGUGUGGAUGGCUUUGGAAGAAGUUCAGUUGAAGACCUUGGUACAACAAUUACCGGGUCACUUGGAGUACAAGUUGAAAGAGUCCGGGAGCAACUUCAGUGUUGGUGAGCGUCAACUGCUCUGUUUAGCGCGUGCGCUGUUACAGAAAAGCAAGAUCAUUAUACUGGAUGAAGCCACUGCUAACGUGGAUUACAAGACAGAUCAUCUGAUUCAAGAUGUAAUCCGAAACAGAUUCAAAGAAUCCACGGUAUUAACUAUCGCUCAUCGCUUGAACACCAUUAUGGACUAUGACAAAGUGAUAGUUAUGGAUCAAGGUCUAGUGGUGGAGUUUGAUAAGCCUGAGGUGCUGUUACAGAACAAAACUGGAUUUUUUUCCCGCCUUGUUCAAUCGCACAACACCUCUGAAAACCAGUCACAAUAA